AUGGUGACUUCCAGCCGCCGCACGGGCGCGAGCGUGGUGGUCUUGCCGGGCGCGGCAGAUGGCACUGGGAAUUGUCUGGAACCGAAGCUCUCCGAGGCACCGGAAAUCCCCAGGAUCAUGUUGCCCCUUGCGCAAGUGAAGAAAGAGCCGCGGCGGCGCUCCGCCAUGUGGAGUGAGGAGUCUCCACCGAAUUUGAAAGGCAAAGCCUGGGUGCUGUCCGAAGAAAGGUUCACCCCAAGCAACGAGACGACGAGCUCCCACGCAGCGAGCUCAUCGUGCGACAGAUGUCAUCGGGACGAUGACGAAGAGGAUGAGCCGGACGACUUGCCACCGGUCACCAAGUGCCCCGAGAACGGCUCACAGACCCGUCGUUGGGAAGAUUGGCUGGACGUUCGGGACCUGCCAUUGGUCACCCGGUGCCCUGCCAUGCCGCGGGCGCGCUACAGGCCAUCGGAUUGGCUGGAUCCUCGAGAAUCUGAUGAGGAGGAGGAUGAAGAUCUGGCUCCGAUGACCAAGUGUCCGGAGGAUGGCGCCGCCCGGCUCCACCACUUCGAAAAGCCCGAGCCGCAGCCGAAGCUUGGAAGCACAAUGGAGUAG